AACACGUCUAACUUGCCUGUGCUGUUGGAGAUGUUCGGCGUUCUGCCUAGCACUCAGCUGGCCACUGAUAUGGGCACCACCGCGUUCCUUUGCGGCAGUCCGGCACUGCCGGGAGAGUCCCGGUCUUGUCCCAUUUCUAGAAUAGCUGUGGCGCAGUUCGUCUCGGAGCAGUUGAAGGUGAACGUGGUGGAGGUGCUGGCAACCAGGAUUGGCACAGUUGCCGAUGCAGUGCCGUUGGAUCACGAGCCUAUUUAUACAAUUGUCGACUUCGCAGUCGGUUCAGAGGAGCAGGGCAAAAGAAUCAUCAUCUGCCACAACGUGAAUUUUGCCUCCCAGGUAUACUACUGCCACAGCGUCACGAAAACAAAGGUUGUGCUUGCGACGUUGCGUCUGAAAGCAAACGGAUCCACCAUCAAGGCCUCCGCGGUUUGCCAAAUUGACACAAUGCUGUGGGAUUCCUCGCACCCGGCGUUUGCUGCUCUCUGGAUCCCAAGGGGUUCAGAGGUGUGCCAUUUUUUGGUGGACAACGAUGUACUGUUUGCUCCUGUCUUUGGGGUUAAUGCUCACGUUGUCCAAUUCCUGGAUGGGUCGCUGGAAAUUUGAGGCCUGUCUAGCAAUGCCAUUGAACGUUUCUCGAGGGGAAGAGAUUGAGCUCAGGCACGAAGACUUUGUGGUUUUGAAUGUCUCAUCGAACCAAGAUCUCGUAACGCAGCGACCUGCCUGUCUUUACAUAUGUACAUUUGUUGUUGUCCUCUGUCGUACAUACCAUCUUAAAGUUUUACUUGAACAUCCUUAAGCGCAGAACCAUGUCAAUCGCCGCCGUAAACCAUAAUAUACAAAUUAAAAGUGGUCGACAGCGUCCAUAGUUCCCAAAAAAAGCGAGCAGUAGCGUAAACAUGAAAGAAUACAAAUCCUUCCAGUCUACCUGCUCGGGUGACAUACAGAAUACUAUCAGACUUAUACCUUCAAUAUAUCUGCGGUUUAUUCCUGUGUUCUAUCCAAGUUUUGGGCUAGGAAUUUGUAGAACGUAUUCUUCUACGGAGAUGCUCAGAUUUUUAACAAAGCCUCGGGUUUCUGCGCUUACGCAUGUGUACAGUUUUUAUUCAUACCCAAGUGCUGUCCAUCUUAAUGAUCAGAUGUUAAU